ACUAGGAAGGAGUACGGCAUCUGAGGCAGCCUACAUGUUUAAAGGCGCUCACUCGGACGCCCUAGGAGCCCACGAUGAAUUCUCCUAAGGCAGCGAUUUCUACGGAAACUUCAGCACGCGAUAAAACGGACGCAGAGAGUGAGGACAGUAAACCAAAAGCGACUGUGGUUGACAUGGAAGCUAAAAACAAGGCGAAUUGCCACCCGUUCAGCGUUGAGUCGCUGAUCUCAAAGAAGACGUCCUGCAGGACUGCGUACUCUCCACCGGAGCGAGUGCCUUGUCCUGAGCAACUGGGGCAAUAUCCUCAGAGGAAUUACUUCGCCCAGAAAAGUAAAGUUUCAUCUGAAGAUUUUCCCAGUGUGUCGGACAGCUUGAACGACGAGAGUGAAGACUCAAGCGACAAGGAACAGAGCACUUGGCUAAAGAGCCCCUCCUUCUCAUCUUCACCAAGACACUCCAGUCCAACACAAUGCAACUUGCGCAAACAUAAGAACAACAGAAAACCUCGUACGCCCUUUACGACGUCACAGCUGCUGUCUCUCGAGCGAAAGUUCCGUCAGAAGCAGUACCUCUCCAUUGCGGAGCGAGCCGAGUUCUCCAACGCUCUCAACCUCACUGAGACACAAGUCAAGAUCUGGUUCCAAAACAGAAGAGCUAAGGCCAAGAGACUCCAGGAAGCCGAGCUGGAAAAACUGAAGCUAGCGUCAAAACCCAUGCUACCAACCUUUGCGUUACCGUUUCCCCUUGGAGCGCAUAUGGGUCCUUCCAUGUACGGAACACCAACCUCUAUUCCACGACCGAACAUAGCGAUGCCCGGACUAUUUAGUGGACCUUACGGAAUGUAUUAUCUGUCCUAAAAGGUGUGCGACGAUUUCAUCGACGAAAAGCCUCUCAUUUUCACCUUAUUGUGCAAAUAUUUACAUUGCAAUAACUUUGACAAAAAAGUAAAUCAUUUCAAUACCUCUAAUCAGUGCCACGUGCACAUUAUUCUAGUGUUCUUGCGUCGGAUUAUGGUUGUUCUUAAGCAAUCUCAAGUUUCUGUUUUGACAUUUUCGCACUCACCAAUGAUUAAUUUCCACGUAGCCUUAAAAAUAUCGCAGAUGUCGCACAAAUCAAUGCACCCCACAUUAGGUUUGAGUGUGUGUUUGUGUGAUGGAUAUAUUCGUGCUCUUGUGGAGCAGAGUGAUGUGGGUUAUUUCAAGAAUAUUGCAAUGUAAAACUCUGGGGUUGUCCAUCAUGUGACAAAAGUACUUACUGGCCUUAUCUAAAAAGUGCCUUGAAAGACCAAAUAUUUAUUAGUCAAUAAAGAUUAUUCUUUUAAACAUUAAGUUCUCUUUUUUAAUCUUCGCCCUUCAUUUUUCUCGACAUAGCCUUGCCUGUUAUAGUUGGAACCUAGCAGAAGUCCCGCAGACUAUUAUGUAGCAUUAAUGGUAAUAGACGAGUUGUCGUAGUAUGCCAGAUUUUUAAAAAGAUCAAUGUACCACAGCCUAUUUUCACGUUUCAUUUUUUCUUUUAGUAAAAGACUGGUAUAUAUUUAAGGAAUAAUUUUGUUUUAGAUCAAAAACAUUCUUGGAAGUUGCAUUUUCUUUUUAUUUUCAUUGGUUUCUACAUUUCCUUUCACCCAUUA